AUUGCAGAUCAUUGAAAAGUUUCGCACAUUUCAGAGAAGAUGGCGUCGCAACUGCUUCCUUUGGAGUUGAUUGAUAAGUGCGUCGGCUCGAGAAUUUGGGUGGUCAUGAAGGGUGACAAGGAGUUCUCUGGGACAUUGCUCGGAUUCGAUGACUACGUCAACAUGGUCCUGGAAGAUGUGACUGAAUUUGAUUACGCCGGUGGCAAAUCCCAGCUUCCCAAGAUCUUGCUGAACGGGAACAAUAUCUGCAUGUUGAUCCCCGGAGGAGAAGGGCCAGGCGCCUAAAGACAUGUUUCAAUUUAAUUGUUCACUAUGAUCAAAAGAACGUUGCUGGUGAUGAUUGAACGACUUCAUAUAGAGAAGCUAUAAUGGCAGAUCAAUUGCAUUUUGUUACGAUUCGUC